AUGUCACAGCGAAGCGACAAGGUGGACAAGGGCAGGCGUGUGCGCAGGACUCGGGCUCCAUGCGACAGCAAUCCCCUUCCGUUCACAUCAACGUCUCGUGAGAAAGGUCCUUUGAACCAAGGGAAAAAUCGCAGAACGAUCAUCAUCAAGGUGGAAAACUCCCAAUCCUCCUCUCCGUCAGGAAGAAAACGCUUCGCGCGCGCGCACAGGGGAGAAGCUUUGGUUUCACCCGCCCGCCCCGUUGCAGUCCCCAUCGCCUUUCCCCCGGCAGCGAAGCUCGAGAGGGCUCGAGCAAGGCAGAAACUAUGGAUAGGGCGACGACGUGCAGGGGACCGAACAGCACACACACACACAGGGAGGCAGGCAGGCAGGCAGGGUCGUAGGGCUGCCGACGGCCGUUUAGUUGUUUUUCCCUACGGCGAGCGCGCCGAGCAGGACGGUACUGUGCGUCGUUUGUCGCUCCAUCCGUCGGGUGUGUAUGUGAUGAAUACAUCCAGUAUGUGCAUGCGUGAUGAGCGUCCGAAUUCCCACGGAGAUUUCCCGGACGAAGGAUUUCGCUGCUCGGAUUCCUCGGACGGGCACCACCACCCUUGUCUUCUUGCCGAUCGGUGGUCAGCCCAUGCGAUGUGCAGUAUGCGCGCGCGCGUGCCCAACGGCCGAGAGGUAGAUGGAAUGAGCGGGCUGUACAAUUUGUAUAGAAUGCAUUAUUCCUGCGUGAUGAGCAGGGAUCUGUGCCGGGGUAACGAAUAUACGACUUGUAUUGUGGUGCAUAAGUGCAUGCGGGAAUGCGAGGGAUCGCAUGGUCUUGGUCGUGGCGAUGACGAAGAUUAUGAUCGAGCGCCUGAGUAUGAUCGAUAAGAAGAUUCCCGCAGUGCAAUAUCGGU